CAAAAGAAGGCGGCCGCCGGCGGGGUGGGGUUUGCGCCGGGACAGGCGGGCGAGAGAAUCCCGUUAGAAGCAGUGCGGAGAACCCCAGCAGCGCAGGACGAGCGGCCCGCCGUGCCCAAAACGCCGGGAAGAUGCCGAAAACGAUCAGUGUGCGUGUUACCACCAUGGAUGCUGAGCUGGAAUUUGCCAUCCAGCCCAACACUACAGGGAAACAACUCUUUGAUCAGGUUGUCAAGACAAUUGGUCUGAGAGAAGUCUGGUUCUUUGGACUCCAGUAUCAAGAUACAAAGGGAUUCUCAACGUGGCUCAAAUUAAAUAAAAAGGUAACAGCACAGGAUGUACGCAAGGAAAGCCCUCUUCUUUUCAAAUUCCGAGCCAAGUUCUACCCGGAAGAUGUGGCUGAAGAGCUGAUCCAGGACAUCACACAGCGCCUGUUCUUCCUCCAAGUGAAGGAGGCAAUUCUGAAUGAUGACAUUUACUGUCCUCCAGAAACAGCUGUCCUACUGGCUUCCUAUGCUGUCCAGUCCAAGUACGGCGACUUCAAUAAAGAAGUGCACAAGUCUGGUUACCUUGCUAGUGACAAACUGCUCCCACAGAGAGUUCUGGAGCAGCACAAGCUUAACAAGGACCAGUGGGAGGAGAGGAUCCAGGUGUGGCAUGAAGAACAUCGAGGAAUGAUUAGAGAAGAUGCUGUUUUGGAGUACCUAAAAAUAGCACAGGACUUGGAAAUGUACGGUGUGAACUACUUCAGCAUUAAAAACAAAAAGGGCUCUGAACUCUGGCUAGGUGUAGAUGCUCUUGGACUCAACAUUUAUGAGCAGAAUGACAGGCUAACACCAAAAAUUGGAUUCCCUUGGAGUGAAAUCAGAAAUAUUUCUUUCAAUGACAAGAAGUUUGUAAUCAAGCCUAUUGACAAGAAAGCACCAGACUUCGUAUUCUAUGCCCCUCGGUUGCGGAUUAACAAACGAAUCCUGGCACUUUGUAUGGGAAACCAUGAGCUCUACAUGCGCAGACGUAAACCAGAUACCAUUGAGGUGCAGCAGAUGAAAGCACAGGCUCGGGAAGAGAAGCAUCAGAAACAGAUGGAGAGAGCCCUGCUGGAGAAUGAGAAGAAGAAGAGGGAAUUGGCAGAAAAAGAGAAGGAGAAGAUUGAACGUGAGAAGGAGGAGCUGAUGGAAAAACUGAAGCAAAUUGAGGAGCAAACCAAGAAGGCUCAGCAAGAACUGGAAGAACAGACCCGUAGAGCCAUGGAGCUGGAGCAGGAAAGAAAGCGAGCUCAGGAGGAAGCAGAAAAACUGGCUAAAGAACGUAGAGAAGCAGAAGAGGCAAAGGAAGCCCUGCUAAAAGCAUCCCAUGAUCAACAAAAGACCCAGGAACAACUGGCUGCUGAAAUGGCAGAACUCACAGCUAGGAUCACACAGCUGGAAUUGGCCAGGCAGAAGAAAGAGAGUGAGGCCCAGGAGUGGCAGCAGAAGGCACAAAUGGUGCAGGAGGACCUAGAAAAGACCAAAGAGGAGCUGAAGACUGCCAUGAGCACUCCUCAUGUCACUGAGCCAAUGCACUCUGAGAACGAGCAUGAUGAUGAGCAGGAUGAAAAUGCAGCAGAAGCCAGUGCUGAGCUUCGAUCAGAGGCCACCAUCAAGGACCGCAGCGAGGAGCAGCGUACCACUGAAGCAGAGAAAAACGAACGAGUGCAGAAACACUUGAAGGCUCUUUCCUCAGAGUUGGCAAACGCUCGGGAUGAAACCAAGAAGACGGCCAAUGAUAUGAUCCACGCUGAGAACAUGCGGCUGGGCCGAGACAAGUACAAGACCCUCCGUCAGAUUCGGCAGGGCAACACCAAGCAGCGCAUUGAUGAGUUUGAGUCCAUGUAAACUCUCCCCUGCGCUUGCCGCUCUGCAGUCCCUUCUCCCUUCUUUCUCAUCCUCUCCCAUCACUCACUCAUAAUCGUGCUGUGCUGGAACCACUACAGAAGAGCGACCAUGGUCUUAUUUAUAGAGUUUUUGGUAAAUGCUGGAGUUCAGCAACAGAAGAAAGAAUGACACUUGCAUAUUCCUGGGGUAGCUUGGGAAAGCUAACUUGUAUUAGGGCAAAUCUGAAAUUUUAUGACUUUGGGUAAAGUCGUACUGCAUUUAGUUUUGCUUACUGAAAUGGCUGUGUAACUGUUCUCUCUCAUUGAGUAGGGAGGCCAGUAGAUACUUUCUCUGAACUAUAUAAAGUGCUAAUAGUUUGACAUUGUGCCUUCCUACUAACUUGCACAAGCUUCAGUAUUAAGCUCUGAGGCCAGGAUCUAAAUUUCUGAUGUCAUUAAGGGUCUGAAUCACGUUGUUGAGAUGGAGAACCUGGAGUCUGGGAAGAAGGGUUGGAGGUAGAAUGUGGACUUAGUUUCUAAAAGACCAAAGCUUUUGUCCUUUAAACGUAAGCAGACCAAACAGAAUCUGUGGCAUUCCUGCUGGUGUUACCUUUAUUGUUUAAAGAUGAAACAUGAAAUUUCCUAAUCACAAGGAGGCCUUUGAAAUAUUUUCACUGAUAUGGGAUAUAUUGGAUGCCUUGACUUCCAGGCUUUCUGGAAUAAGUUUUCCUCUAGGUAAAUGGCUUAAAUGGCUUUGUUUGCUGUUAUUUUGUCUGACUUGAAUGUAACUAGUGAGGCAGAGAUAGCUGAAGAACACUGCCUUUCAUCUUGAGGUCACCACUGAAAAUGGAAAGGCGUAAACAGAAAUUCAAACAACUGAAAACUCCUGUAACUAUAUUUCUUUUGCUGAAGCAGUACAUUUCUAGUCAGAUGGGGUGACUUCAGUUUUUUUCCAUGAGGCCUUUUUAGCAUGUAGUCAUUGGUGCCUUAUGACUGUAUGGAUCUACUGUAGCUCAGAUGUCUUUGUUUAAAAUAGAUACACUCAUAAAAAGUGAAGAACAGCCGAGGACCAAAACUGUUUUGAAUCUGGGUCAUGUAGAAACAAAGCCGUAGCUGUGUCUUCCUGGCUUCCAGCAGCAUUUCAAGGGAGAGGGUCAUGAGAUUUGUCCAAUUGUUGCCUUAAUCUUCACUAGCAUUUUGCCAGAUUCCUGGCUCGAGUGUGUGUGUGUUUUUUUUUUCUCCAGAAGGAUGCUUUGCCUUUUUGUAGUUUCUAGUUCAGAGGGUUCUGUCUCUUAAGAGGAGGACAGUGGUGGCUGUGGGGAGACUCGUCCUGUGUUAAUUGUUGUAAUCACUUUCUAUCCAUUCCUACCAGGCUACCAGGGUCCUCCUUGUCAUUUCUAAGGAGGGAACAGCCAUGUAUGCUCAGGGUUGAAUUGGAUUUAGCCUUGAUCCUUUAUAGAAGGAAAUGUGGACCCCUAGAAGAGGCCUCUUAACGAUGGAUUUCCUCUACAAUGGUGUCUUCAUUUGCUUUGCCCUUCUUAGUACAGCUUGUUCCUAUAGAAAGUAAUGGGGCUAGCCUAUGAUUUAUUUUCUUGCCUAAUGUGAUUCUAAAUUAAUGUGAUUCUAAAUCUUUCUCAAUUUUGUGGAUGCCCUCUUUAUCUGUAUGGUAUCACUGCUCAUGAUGAUUCACAUCUGAAUGCUGAAGUGUUUUCAGCUCCUAUUAUUAUAAGCAAAGGAGGAAUGUGCCAAAAAAGAAAUGUCCACAUCAGUGUUAAUGAACUGCAGUAUUUCCUUAACAACUCCUUGGGCUGCUAGAAACAACCUCACCAGUGUUGUAUUUUUUUGGAAGCAAUACAUGUCUGUGAGUAAUCCAUGGAAAUACCAAUCAACCAAACUAUGGUUAGAAGUUUAGUGUGCUACUUCUGAACAUCCUGAUUAGUGGUAUGGGAGCCCCCUUUACCCUCCUGGACAGAACAUGGGAAUGCAGGAAGCUUUUGGCUGACCAAAAACAUGUGCUCCAGUACUUUGAAAGUCACAAAUGGAAGAUUGCAGUUAAAUUUGUCAGAACGGAUUUGCAUAUUUCUGUACUGAAGGGUUAUUGGCACUGACUCUAUGCGAGUCUCAUUACUGGUGGAGCAGACAACCAUUACACUUCUCUUCUGGUGCUUUAAAGCUGGUUCUCAGCACUUGUGCUCUGUCCACAGCAACUAUUGGUGCAUUUGCAGGGAAAUAAAGCCCUUAUUACAUUAAAACAGUUUCCUAACAAUCUGAUAUAUAGUGCCUGAAAUAUGUGUUCAAAUAAUAAAACAGUGAACCUUUCUGCUCACACAACAUUGCUGAACUCGUGUUACGAUGCUGGCAUAUCUUGUUUAUAAGGUUUGGUGGUUGUUUUUUUUUCUUAAAUCAUUCUAGUUCCAGUUGGUCCAAUAUAGAAUAGAACAGCCUGUGCCAGUGACCUGACCUCACUCUUUGUAGUUGUUUCAGCUAUGCCUUCUUCUUAAGCAGUAUUAUAUUCCAGUGGUAUCUAAUGAUAUUUGAUUUCAAUACUUCUAGCUAUGCACAAUUAGAAAACUAGAAAAUAUUAGUUGUGGGAUGGAGGAUGUUUAUGGUCCCCUUCCCUUGGAAAUAUAUACUGUAUUAUAAAGAAAUGAUAUUUUGCAAGAAAACUAAUGUAAGAAGCUUUCAGUAUUACAGUGAGAUUUGUAGGCAUGUUUUUUAAUUUUUAUUUUUCAGAUUUGUUUUUCUUCCUUUCCAUGUCCCAAUUCAAAUGGAUAACUACUCCUCAUGGGGGUGGAGGGAGGGAAGAAGAAAUACCUUAUCAAAUGUUUGCCUGGCUUGAUUUAUCUCUCUUUUUUUUUCUUCUAUUUUUUGUUGUUGUUGUCGCUGUAAAUUAUUAUUUUUUUGACCAGCCUUUUUACUGGAUUGUAAUAAAACACAUUUUCUUAGGGUUAUGGAGUAAUUCAUGGAUCCAUGUGGUUAUUUGCAAAUAGACCCUUGAUAUUAAGGCUUUUUUUUUUCCUGUUUGGGAGGAGCUGUUAAAAUCCAUACCCUGUUCUUCCUACAGUGCCAAUAAAGUUUAGAGAAAUUCA